GCUAAUGAAUCAAUUCUUUGAAUGGUCUGUUCUUUCUUCUUCAUAGGUUCCUCACCAUCUCUCUCAGGAAGCUCUUCACUUUCAGCCAUGGCAGAAGCUCAAGAAAAGUGCCUGCAAAUUACAGAUAACUUAGAAGCAGAUCAGAUAACCAAAGGAUCAAACUCCAUGGAAUCUUCAGAAACAAUCACCAACCAAACAAGAAUCACCCACAAAGCCAAUUACAAGAAGUGGGUUAAGAUCUUUCUCUACAUAAUCUUUCUCCUUCUAGGACAGUCAGUGGCUACCCUCCUUGGAAGACUCUACUUUGACAAAGGAGGCAAAAGCAAAUGGCUUGGAACCUUGGUCCAAGUAGCAGGCUUCCCCAUCUUCCUUCCUUAUUACAUCAUAAGAGCAACCAAACGAAGAACAAACAGGAACAAUAUUUCCCACACAGAACAACAACCAACUCUGUUGAAGCUAGCUCUGGUUUAUGUCUCAUUGGGGCUGUUUUUAGCUGCAGAUUGCUACUUAUUCUCCAUUGGUCUCAUGUACCUCCCUGUCUCCACUUAUUCCCUCCUCUCUUCCUCACAAUUAGCCUUCAAUGCCAUCUUCUCCUUCUUCCUCAAUUCCCAAAAGUUCACUCCUUCAAUCAUCAACUCCCUUGUUGUUCUUACCAUCUCCUCAACCCUCCUUGUCUUUCAAACAGAAUCAGAGAGCUCAGCCUACAACAAGGCCUCUAAGGCCAAAUACAUCAUUGGCUUCAUCUGCACGGUCGCUGGAUCAGCAUGCUAUGGCCUAGUGCUUUCUUUAACGCAGCUAUUCUUCAACAAGCUCGUCAAAAACGAAUCAUUCAAGGCUAUUGUGGACAUGAUUUGGUUCCGAUCGUUUUUUGCUUGUCUGGCCAUUGUUGUGGGGCUUUUUGUGAGUGGAGAGUGGAGGGGUUUGAAGAAGGAGAUGAAUGAGUUUGAGUUGGGGAAAGUGUCUUACAUUAUGACAGUGGUUUGGACUGCCAUUUUGUGGAAGGUUUUCACUCUUGGGUGUGUUGGUUUGAUAUUUGAGGUUUCUUCUCUGUUUUCCAAUGCUGUUUGUGUACUGGGGUUUCCUAUAGUUCCUGUUGCGGCGGUGUUCUUGUUUCAUGAUAAGAUGAGUGGACUGAAAGGUGUUGCCAUGGCUUUGGCGGUUUGGGGUUUUGUUUCCUAUGUUUAUCAGCAGUAUCAUGAUGAUUUCAAGUCCAAGAAGAAUCCCAGAAGUUCAUUGUGAAGAAAAAUGGACAAAUAUCAAUACCAACAACUAUAAGAUCUCAUCAUUAGUAUAUAUUAUUCAUAUCAAUAACUAACUGAUUAUGUCUUUUUCUUAUCUUUCAUGGAUAGUUGUACAAGAUAUCAGAGAUAUCAAUUGGUUAAUAAAAUCAACCUCAAAUCUUUCCACAACAAAUAGUUUAAUUCCUAAAUGAUAUUGUACU